CCAGGUGGCACGAGGGCCACAGACCCAGUGCGGGUGGCCAGGGGACUUGCCAGAGGAGGGCCGCUCCGGCCCAACGUCCAGCUUGACCCGGGGAGGCUGAGGGGCUGGACAGGAAGGAGGCCGAUCCCGGGGGCCAGAAAGACCCUGCUGCCCGGAAGUGCCUCACGUCCCGUGGGGGCUGGGCAGGCGCACAGAGGAGCUGGCGGCCCGGCCAGCGCCACUCGCCCAGCCUCCCGGAGCCAUGCUGGCCGCUGCCCUGCUGACCCUGGCCCUGCUGGGCAGUGCCCACGCCUGCUCCAGUGGCAGCUCGUGCCCGGCGGGCAUCGCCUGCCGCAUCACCAAGCCCGCCCUCCUGGUGUUGAACCAGGAGACGGCCAAGGUGAUCCAGACGGCCUUCCAGCAGGCCAGCUACCCGGACAUCACGGGCGAGAAGGCCGUGAUGCUCCUCGGCCGCGUCAAGUACGGUCUGCACAGCAUCCAGGUCAGUCACCUGUCCAUCGCCAGCAGCAAGGUGGAGUUGGUGGAAGCCCAGUCCAUCGACAUCUCCAUCCAGAACGCGUCCGUGAUCUUCCAGGGGACCCUGAGCUACGGGUACACUAGCGCCUGGGGGUUGAACAUUGAUCACACUGUUGACUUCAAGAUCGACUCCGCCACUGAUCUCCGGAUCAGCACACAGCUGACCUCUGACUCUGGCAGAGUGCGGACCAAUGCCGCCAGCUGCCACCUGUCUUUCCAUAAGCUGCUCCUGCACCUCCAAGGGGAGCACGAGCCCGGGUGGAUCCAGCAGCUGUUCACAAGCGUCAUCUCCUUGACCCUGAAGCUGGUCCUGAAGGGGCAGAUCUGCAAAGAGAUCAACGUCAUCUCCAACAUCAUGGCCGACUUUGUCCAGACAAGGGCGGCCAGCAUCCUCUCAGAUGGAGACAUUGGGGUGGACAUUUCCCUGACAGGCCUGCCUGACAUCACAGCCACCUACCUGGAGUCCCACCACAAGGGUCAUCUGGUCUACAAGAAUGUCUCCGAGGACCGACCGCUGCCCGCCUUCGCGCCCCGCCUGCUGGGGACCUCCCGCAUGCUCUACUUCUGGUUCUCUGAGCAAGUCCUCGACUCCCUGGCCAAGGCCGCCUUCCAGGAUGGCCGCCUCAUGCUCCGCCUGACGGGGGACGAGUUCAAGGCAGUGCUGGAGACCCGUGGCUUUGACACCAACCAGCAAAUGUUUCUGGAGCUGUUCAGCAACACCCCCAUCAGCCAGACCCAAGUGACCGUCUACUGCCUGAAGAGGCCCAAGAUUGCUUGUCAAAACAAGGGCGUCGUGGUCACUUCUUCUGUGGUGGUGAAAUUCCUCUUCCCCAACCCAGAUGGCCAGAGUGCUGUGGCUCACACAUUUGAAGAGGAUAUCGUCACUACGGUCCAGGCCUCCUACGCCAAGAAGAAGCUGUCCUUACGCCUCCUGGAUGUCCAGUAUGAGCAGCAGAGAGGGGAGGGCGGCCAGUCAACUCAGCAAACCUGUUCCCCGCCCUCUGCCGUCAGGACUCAACCAAAGUCUGCUUCCAGCAUCACUGAGAGCAGCUCCGAGUCGGUCCAGAGCUUCCUGCGGUCGAUGGUCCCCACGGUGGGCAUUCCUGAGGUCAUGACUCGGCUGGAGGAGGCAUUUACAGCGCUCAUGAACAGCAAAGGCCUGGACCUCUUCGAUAUCAUCAACCCGGAGAUCACCCCUCGCGAUGGCUUUCUGCUGCUGCAAAUGGACUUCGGCUUCCCGGAGCACCUGCUGGUGGACUUCCUCCAGAGCCUGAGCUAGCGGGCUCCCGGGCUGCACCGGCCUCCAACCGGGGCACGAGCCCGGCUCACUGGACUCCUGGCAUCCCUGUCCAUCAGAGCCGGGGCGGGCUGCGAGGGAGAUGGAGUCCUGCUGUCAUUAAAAUACUGUGUCCAGGA